AUGUUAGUAGUUCACGUACAAAAAUUGUAGGAAGACGUCGAAAAACCGCGGAACUCUUGGGCCGUUGUGACUGGCGAUCAGCUGAAGAACUAUAAAAAACAAGACUGGAAUCAGCUUCUGAAGAACAACAAUAUUGUCUUCGCGAGAACGAAUACUGAGCAGAAGUUGGAGAUUGUGCAGGAAGUGCAACGACGUGGAGAGACUGUAGCUGUGACCGGCGGAGGAGUCGACGAUGCUCCUGCUCUGGCUCAUGCGAAUGUUGGAAUUGCGAUGGGACAGACUGGUUAGAAUUGCGACUGAGAAGUCUGAGAACUGAGGUCAAAUAAAUGGAAAUUUUGUAGGAAGUGAUAUUGCCAAACAGACUGCCGAUAUUGUUCUGUUAGAUGAUAACUUUGCCUCGAUUGUGAUGGGAAUCGAGGAAGGAAGGCUUUUGUUCGAUAACUUGAGGUAAGACGCAAGAGAAUAAUCUUUUUGAACUGUUCCUCUUCAGACUUUCCCUCGCCUACACAUUUGCCCAUCUGUGGCCUGAAGUCUUCCCCAUAAUGAUGUCGUUUAUGCUCGGUCUUCCACACGGGUUAUCGCCUCUUCAAGUGAGUAAUGCUCCGCAAUUCUCCGAAGUUCCUCUUCUUUUCAGAUUCUUUCCGUCGAUCUUGCGUCUGAAAUGCCUCCAGCAAUAUCAUUGGCCUAUGAACAGCCUGAAAAUGACAUAAUGCACACUCCUCCACGAUCUCGAACGGCUAGACUACUUUCGAAAAGUCUUCUGGUUUACGCGUACAUCCUGGCCGGCUUUGGUAUUACCAUUGGAUGUAUUGCCGCAUAUUUGAGUGUUUAUUGGUUUGUGUAGAAAACUUUAUAAGUCUCAAUUAAUACUAAUCAAGUUCAGCUACCACAACAUUCCGAUCAGUGAUAUUCUGUUCACUGCUGAACAUCACUGGAAGAUCGGAGCCCGGAAUUUCACGACGAGUCAAGGGUUGACGUUCGAUGAGCAACAGCAGUUGUUCAUCAAAGGACAGGCCGCUGCCGCGUGGCAAAUCACUCUUGUCAUGUCUCAAGUGUUCCAUCUUUACAAUUGCACAACACGACGAGUGUCCGUCUUCAGGCACGGUCUCACAAACAUCGUCAGCGUUUUCGCAGUCCUUAUUGAAGUUGGUUACCCAGUUUAAUCCACCUAUAUAAAACUACGGUCACUCUUACAGGUGCUUCUUCUGCUCAUGUUCGUGUACACUCCAGUCUUCCAAUAUAUAAUGGACAUUCACACUCCACCCGCCCAUGUCUGGGCCAUUGCCCCAAUAGUCGGUCUCUAUUUGCUCACAUUUAAUGAAAUGAGAAAGUAUUUCAUCCGAAACUUCCCUAAAAAUAAGCUUGUUAGAUUGAUAAAAUGGUAG